AUUCUUCAACACUCAUCUUCCACUAUUCCAAACAACCCUUUCAAACAAACCUUUUCAAACAAACCACCUUUUCCAACUCUCAAAUCCACAAUGGAGUCCGUCAAGCAAGCCGCUAAGUACGUCAGCGAGACCGUCCAGGGCACUGGAGCUGAGGCUUCCAAGGAGGCCAACAAGAACGUCGCUAAGAGCAGCGACGCCAACGUCUCCACCCGCGCCAGCGCUGCCAAGGACGCACUUGGUGACAAGAAGGACGAGUUCUCCCACAACACCAAGGCUGAUGUCCACAAGGAGGCUGCCAAGAACUAAAGUGCCAGAACUCUAGCCGCUUGUUCUGUACACCACCUAGGUGGAAUUCCUGUCUUUUGACGAUUUUGACGAUGUAAAUAGCGAACAAUACCAUCUACUUCACAACGUUUACAAAGAGA